GGUUCUGGCUCCUUCACUUCAUCGGAAAUUGACGAAGAAAAUCGAGAUUGUAAUCCUUCGAUUCUUCAUAUAUUUGUCGGCGAAUCAACACCGUUUCGAUUUCAUCUCACAUUUUCCGGUUUCUAUUACGGAAUGGCGUUUGAUUUUCCGUUGUCAGAUGUUGCAUUAUAGGUAAAGAAAUUUGGAUUGAAAUAGAGAGCUGAAGAAUUUCUAAACUGAAAAACGAAGAAAAUUUUAGUACGAAAUGAAGGAGGAGGACGGCAAACGUGGAACGGAGGUUUCAGGUUCUCGUCGGACGCGGUCUCGUAUAGCGCCGGAUUGGACAGCGGCGGAUUGCCUCGUUCUUGUUAAUGUGAUUGCAGCUGUGGAGGCGGAUUGUUGGAAAGCUUUGUCUAGCUUUCAGAAAUGGAAAAUUGUUGCAGAGAAUUGCACGUCUUUGGAUGUGGCUCGGAACUCGAAUCAGUGCAGGAGGAAGUGGGACUGUUUGCUGAUUGAACAUGAUGUUAUCAGGCAAUGGGAGUUAGAGAUGCCGGAUGAUGAUUCGUAUUGGUGUUUGGAAAGUGAAAGGAGAAAGGAAUUGGGACUUCCUGAUAACUUUGACGAGGAGCUGUUCAAAGCAAUCGAUAAUGUUGUAUCGAUGAGGGCGAAUCAGUCGGAUACGGAGCCUGAUAGCGAUCCUGAGGCUGCGGUUGAGAAGGUAGAUGAAGCUGCAGAGCCUGGCCCUAAAAGGCAAAGACGUUGUUCAAUGUCCACAAGAAAUCAAGCUCUUGAGAAAUCUGUAAAAUGUGAGGGAGAAGAAGAAGAAGAACCUCCGGUGAGCUCUCCGGAAGUAGAGCGUCGUGGAUGCUACAUCAAAAGCCAUGGAGAAAAGACGACCGAUAGCACCGAACCCGAAGAGCAAACGAUGGCGAAGAAAUUGCUUGAAACUGCAGAAAAAGUUCAAGCAAUUGUGUCUGAGAAUGCAGAAUAUGCAACGUCGGACGAAAAAAACGACAACGACAACUACAACGUCCGAACUAAUUCCAUUAGGCGUCAAGGGAGCAAGCUUAUCAAAUGUCUUGAAGAUUUUCUCAACACCAUUAAUGAUCUCCAUAGCCUGCUCGAAGAUCAAGAGUAACUCUCAUUUUGCAUUUGGCUGUUCGUUAAGCCACCAAGUGAACUCAUCGGAGUUUUGAAUCUUCCCAUCUCUCUUCCUACGGACAAAAUUUCAAGCUGACCAUUCGAGCAACAACACCAAAACGUUGCCGACAUUUUCCAGGUUUCCAAUGUUUAUUUUUGCAUCCUCUUCUGUCUUUAUCUCUUUUAUCAUAUUUUGU